GCUCCGCCACCGCUUUUGUGAGCGUUUAUUGAUUGAUCGGAAGUUUCUCUCUCUUUCUAACUACCGCCGCAAAAUUCCCUCAAGUCCACCGUCGCCGUCACUGGUUUGUUGGUGAUGGGGCUACUGGACCAGCUGUGGGAUGACACGCUUGCCGGACCGACGCCGGACUCCGGCCUCGGCAAGCUCCGCAAGCACCCGACCUUCGCUUCUCGAUCCGCCUCCCCUAAGGAAUCCAAUGGGAAGAGUUACGAGGAAGGAACGACGUCGUCAGAGGAGGCUGUCAGAGUUUCGAGGAGAAUUAUGAUUGUAAAGCCACCUGGUUACCAAUACGGUUCACCACCGGUCUCACCAGCCGCCUCUUCCACCCCACCGACUUCUCCGUUUUCCGGUAGAGAAUCAUUCAGAUUUCGAAGAAGAUCGACAUCGGAUGCUUAUGGGAAGACAACAAACGAAGUCGGACCUCGGACUCCUACUUCUCCUUUUGACAUGUGAGAUAUGAUGCCAUAAUCUUCGACUCCAAAACUUAGGCAGAUGAGAUGAUGAAUGACAAUCUUCACGUCUUUUAGGAUUACGGUGUUUAAUAUUGUCCAUAGUUUUUGGUCGAAAAAUGUUAAAAAGACUUUUUACUGUGUCGUUUGUUCAUAUGAUAUAGUUUGAAUUAUAUAAGUAUGUUUUGGCUAUAUGUUAUGGGUAGGGUUGUCAAUAUUGUGAACGAUCAUCUAAGAAAGAUUUUGGCUGUGGGGUAAAAUCCUUUUGUGUAUUAUAUGAGUUAUGGUUUGUACUUUGUAGUUUAUCAUAAUGUCUCAAUUAUCAAUGAUGGUGUCUUUAGUUGUGUACA